AUGUUGUACCAGACAGCCAUAAAACCUAAACCAGCCCUUUACCACCUCAGUCCAGCCCAAUGUUGUACUAAUGGCUAUUUAAUCCAGAACAUUUAUCUGUUGUUUAAUCAGAUCAAACAGGGAUUAAAACUGGAAAUCUGUCUGUUCUCUGUGCCGAGUAUACAAGAGGAGAGGAAGUUGGACGAAAGUGAGAGAGUCUUAUGGGUUCAGCUGAACUGGGGUACAGACGUAAGGGAGGGCAGAUUCUUACUCAAAAGACAGGGGGACACAACUGUUCCACAUGCCGAUAACAGGAAGAACCAGGGAGGGACGUUCAAGGGGAAGUUGUUGAAGCGAGAGAAGGAGGCGAAGAAGAAAGAGAAGGAGAAGAAGAUUCUGGAUGCGGGUAACUCCGCGGAGCAGCUGUAUACAUACAUGCCGGAGACGCGAUUUACCCGAAGCAUCUCUAACCCUGAGGCCGAGAUGAAGCGACGUCGUCAGCAGAAGGUGAUAAAGAAGCUACAGCAGUGUCGCGACCAGGACGGACAAGGGGGUACGCUGAAGAUCUAUGGAGAGAGUAUUAAGCCGGACAUUCCCUACAAGACCCUCCUCCUGUCUACAGCUGACAAUGUCCACUACGUCAUCAAAGAGACCAUGGACAAGUACGGGAUGGACUUCAGCGUCAAUGACCCCGACGAUUUCUGUUUGGUUCAGGUGUUGGUGCCCCCAGGUGAGAGGGAGUGCCACGGAGGGAACAUUGGGGAGGAGAGAAUCAUGGAGGAUCAUGAGUGUCCGCUGGCCAUCGCCAUUGAUUUCCCUCCCACUGAAG